CUCUGCGCGGCGGUAGCAGCGGCGACAGCAGCUAGACUGGAGGGUGGGAGGGGACGCACCGGUUGGCGGGCGGGGGCGCUGGGACGAGGCUUUGGCUCCCGCCCGAGGUUCGUGGGAGCGUUUCGGACCGCGAAGCUCCGCGCGAGCCGCGAGAGAGCCCGGGAGCCGACGAGCGCGGAGUGGGCAGCUGGCGGAGCGGAGCCGCCGGGCGGAGCGGGCUUGGAGCCCGUGUCUCCGCGGCUCGGGACCCGGCGGCGGGGCGGCGAUGUUCCAGUGCAUCCCCCUGUGGCGGUGCAACCGUCAUGUGGAGACCAUCGACAAGCGCCACUGCUCGCUGGUCUGUGUCCCAGAGGAGAUUUACCGCUACGCCCGCAGCCUUGAGGAGCUCCUGCUGGACGCCAACCAGCUCCGCGAGCUGCCGGAGCAAUUCUUCCAGUUAGUCAAAUUACGAAAGCUUGGACUUAGUGACAAUGAAAUUCAGCGACUGCCUCCAGAAAUAGCCAACUUCAUGCAGCUGGUGGAACUUGAUGUGUCCCGAAACGAUAUUCCUGAAAUUCCAGAAAGCAUCUCAUUCUGCAAAGCACUACAGAUAGCUGACUUCAGCGGAAACCCACUGACUAGAUUACCAGAAAGCUUUCCUGAAUUGCAGAACUUGACGUGUCUUUCUGUAAAUGACAUCUCAUUGCAGUCUCUACCUGAAAACAUUGGCAAUCUUUAUAACCUGGCUUCACUGGAACUGAGAGAGAAUCUUCUUACGUAUCUUCCUGACUCUCUUACCCAGCUACGGAGACUAGAAGAACUUGAUUUAGGAAACAAUGAAAUAUAUAAUUUGCCAGAAUCAAUCGGAGAUCUCAUACAUCUAAAGGAUCUCUGGUUGGAUGGCAAUCAGCUGUCAGAAUUACCUCAGGAAAUAGGAAAUCUGAAGAACCUGCUGUGCUUAGAUGUCUCUGAAAACAGGUUGGAAAGACUUCCUGAAGAAAUCAGUGGCUUGACUUCAUUAACGGAUUUAGUCAUUUCCCAGAAUUUAUUAGAAACAAUUCCUGAUGGCAUUGGAAAAUUAAAGAAACUGUCAAUCUUGAAGGUGGAUCAGAACAGACUAACACAGUUGCCUGAAACAGUCGGGGACUGUGAAAGCCUCACUGAAUUAGUUCUUACAGAAAACCGGCUCCUGACCUUACCUAAGAGCAUUGGAAAGCUUAAGAAAUUGAGCAACUUGAAUGCAGACAGAAAUAAAUUAAUGUCUUUACCAAAAGAGAUUGGCGGGUGCUGCAGCCUCACUGUAUUCUGCGUGCGUGACAAUAGACUAACUCGGAUACCUGCCGAGAUGUCGCAGGCGACAGAGCUCCAUGUCCUGGAUGUGGCAGGGAACAGGUUGUUGCAUCUGCCCUUAUCUCUGACGGCCUUGAAGCUGAAAGCUUUGUGGUUAUCUGACAACCAGUCCCAGCCCCUGCUCACGUUCCAGACGGACAUGGACCCCACCACAGGAGAGAAGAUUCUAACCUGUGUCUUACUUCCUCAGCUGCCUUCUGAACCCACUUGCCAAGAGAACCUGCCCCGCUGUGGCGCGCUGGAGAGCCUGGUGAGUGACGUCUCGGAUGAGGCCUGGAAUGAACGCGCCGUAAACAGAAUCAGUGCCAUCCGAUUUUUGGAGGACGAAAAAGAUGAAGAAGACAAUGAAACGAGAACACUUCAGAGGCGAGCCACUCCACACCCAGGGGAGUUAAAGAGUAUGAAAAAGACAGUGGAGAAUUUACGGAACGACAUGAAUGCUGCUAAAGGACUGGAUUCAAAUAAAAACGAGGUCAAUCAUGCUAUUGACCGAGUGACCACUUCCGUGUAGACUUUCACCUCCACGUUUUACCUCCUGAGUCUUCCCCUGCUGUUGAGCUGUUCCUGUCUUCUGAGGAGGCUCAUGCAGUCUUCGUCUUCACCGGAACCCCGCACGUCGCCUCCCACGUCGCCUGUUGGGACGCUGCUGUCUCCAGGGAAGUGCCUUACUCUAACCAGUCAACCAGUGGUCUCCCGGCAUGAGUUUUUCUUCUUUUCCUAAAUUUUGGUUGUUUGUACUAAGUGGAAUACACUACUGUAAACACUUGACCUUCAUUUUUGUCUUAUGUUGGGGCAGGGAGAGCAGGAAGGAGAAUUUGUAUCCUCCUCCCUCCCCUGAAUUGCUGGGACAUUGCUCGGACACGUUUUCUUAGACCUACUGAUGAGAGAUAGUUUUAUGUAUGGGGAAAAAAAUCGAUACUUUUUUAAAUCUUUUUGGCAGCUCAGAUGGUGUACAUUUAAAAAUUUGUAUAGGUUAUUUCGUAACAAAAAAAUACGUAUUUCUUUUUCGUUAUUUUAUCUUGAGAACGGUACAUAUUUUAGUAUUUGUGCAGAAAAAAAUAAACACACUCCUAAAGUAUUUGUUUUCAUUUGUACCAUCCACUGUGCCUUACUGUAUCCUGUGUCCUAUCAAAGCAGUUGUAAGCCGUGGCAUCCUUGAGCAGUGAGAUGAGACAAGGAAUGUAGUACUUGUUAAAGCAGUGUUGGAUUUUAAUCAGCGAUCUACCUGGUGAAUUUAUUUUUAACCAAAAAAGAAGAGUUACCACCGAUUUGUAAAUUAUAUUGGAUGAUUUUUUUUUUUAAAGAUGAACCAAAGGAUUAGGCUGCUAAUAUUUCAUUUCUUACACUUUAACUUUCAUAAAUGAAUUUCUUAAAUGAGUGCAGUGUCUGAUUGUACCUACUUGGAACAUGCGUGCCGUUUGUAAAAUAAAAUAGAGUGGAAAAGCACAGAAAGAGAAAACUGGUUCAGAAAUUCAGUGGGUAAAUAAAUUAUGUACUGCAAAAGAAAGUAUGGUUUUUACUGAAGAAAGCUUUAAAAGUUUUAUAUUGAAAUGUAAAACCACAAUAAAGCAAAAUAACCUAC